AUGUCCCCCUUGCAGCGUCCCCAGCCUUCUCCUCUGGCCGAUGCCGACAUCCGUCUUCCAUGUUCCAGUCCCUGCGAGCGUCGGUACGUACGGGACGUACGGGGGACGGAACCGCCGGGGAAAUUUGAAAAUUUUAAAAAUAAAACAUUAGUGUCUCAAACCAUUUCACAUACAUUUUGUCCCGAGUGCUUUGUCCUGUGUCCUGCCUGCAUUUUUACUGUUCUUUCUGCCUGGAAACUGAGAAAAGUCCAUGGCGUCCAAAAAGCGUCCCUUUAGGUCAAAAUCGGUUUUAGACCAGCUAGAGAACAGCGAUAGUAAAUUAGAACCACUUGCAGAAUUGA